CUAAAACCAAGUCGUAAUGGCUUUGCCUAGAACUAACAAUUAGUCUCUAAGCAAACACGUUUUUAUCUUUAACAAUAAGUAAUAUUCAUUCUGAAGAAUUGUUGUGCAAACAGUGACUGGACAAUGAGCGUUGUGGAAAUUUCUUAUUUAUCUUGAGGUGGUGAACGGUGCGCAAGGUUUCUUCGUAGAAUGGAUAUAGGCUUUAAGUUAAAACAUGAAAAUCCAAAAAAGCAAGCAGGUCUAGUUAAAAAACUAUUCUUUGGAUGGCUAGUAAAACUAGUUAAACAAGGAACAAAGAAACAACUGGAAAUAUCAGAUUUGUAUGAGCCAUUAGAUAAGGAUAAUUCCAAAACUUUAGGCGAUUGUUUAGAGAGACACUGGAAGAACGAAAUUUUAAAAAGCCAAAUUAAGAAGACGAGCCCAAGUCUUUUAAAAGCCAUAGUAAAAGCGUUUUAUUUCGAAUUUUUAUUAUAUGGAAUAGCCUGGUUUGUUUUAAAUGUUUUGCUAAGAUGUUCCCAACCGAUAAUCUUAUUUCAUUUCAUAGCUCUAUUUUCUGGAGAAAACAGAGAGGAAAAUCAAGGAGAUAUGUAUAUUUACGGCGGUCUCCUGAUAUUAGUUUCAGUCCUUUCCAUAUUUUUUAUGCACCAUUUACAAAUUGGGUUAGCAUCAAUUGGCAUGAGAGUCAGAGUUGCUUGUUCCUCACUGGUGUACCGAAAAAUUACCAAACUCAGUCACCAAACCCUUGGACAAACUGCAGUGGGACAGGUGGUUAACUUAAUGUCCAAUGACGUUCAUCGUUUUGAUUUAGUGCUGUUACCAUUGCACGCAUUUUGGGCAAUACCUUUUCAGUUUGUCAUUUUAUCUUAUUUUAUAUGGCAACAAGUCCAAAUAGCUUCUUUAGCUGGUUUGGUUUCUAUGGUGAUUAUAAGCUUGCCACUACAAGGUUAUCUGGGGAAAUUAAUGGGCACCCUUCGAGCCAAUAUAGCUAAGAAAACAGACAAUAGAGUCAAACUGAUGAGUGAAAUCAUAUCAGGCAUACAGGUUAUAAAAAUGUAUGCUUGGGAAAAGCCGUUUGAGAAAGUAAUAGAAAUAGCAAGGAAAAAUGAGAUAAGAUGCGUUACACUGACUUCUUAUCUGCGAGGAAUAUUCGCCAGUUGUAUGGUCUUUCUGGAGAGAAUGUCUUUGUGCUUCACCUUAAUUUGUUACGUUUUGUUGGGUAAUAACAUAACAGCUGAGAAAGUAUUUUCUUUAGCUCAGGCUUUCAACAUUCUGCAAUUAUCCAUGGCGAUUUGGUACCCUUUAGCAGUUAGUCAUGGAGCGGAGGCGUUAAUAUCAAUUAAACGACUUAAAGCGUUUCUUACGUUAGAAGAAAAGGAGGUUAGUCGUAUCAAAGGACUGUCAACACCGGGCGUUGUUAUGUCAAAUGUAAGUAGUUCGUGGUGCGAUGCUGGCGAAACGUUGCAAGAUAUUUCAUUAAAUAUUCCACCAGGAUUUUUGUGUGUAGUGAUUGGACCACUUGGUGCUGGAAAAAGUUCUUUAUUACAGUUGCUGUUAGGAGAACUAGCUAUCAAAACUGGAACGGUUCUAAUGGGAGGAGAAAUAUCAUAUUGUUCCCAAGAACCUUGGCUUUUCCAGUCAACAAUACGCAAUAACAUUCUCUUCGGCAGACCUUUCGACAAACAGCUGUAUGAAAAAGUCGUCAAAGUAUGCGCAUUAGAACGAGACUUCCAACAAUUUCCAGAGCGGGAUGAAACUGUCGUUGGAGAAAGAGGUGUUUCACUGAGCGGAGGUCAAAGAGCAAGAAUUAAUCUUGCUAGAGCUAUUUAUAGGCAAGCUGAUGUUUAUUUGUUAGAUGAUCCGUUAUCAGCUGUAGAUACACAUGUUGGAAAACAUUUGUUUAAUCAAUGUAUUGUGAAGCACUUACGAGGAAAAACAAGAAUAUUGGUGACACAUCAAUUACAGUAUUUGAAGAAAGCCAACCUCAUAGUUGUUCUUAAUGAAGGUAAAAUUGAAACAGUAGGAACAUUUGAACAGUUAUCGAGAAGCAAGUUGGAUUUUGCCAAAAUAAUAGUGGACAGUGUAGAACCAGGCGACAAACACGAAGAGACAACCGAAUCAUCGGAUCUUACAAAUACUGUGUCAAAUCCAAGAAAAGCUAGUGUAACAUCCACCAAAAGUGAUUUAUCAGAAAGCUUGGAAUAUUUUGAAGAAAAUAACUUCAGCGACGAAGUAAUUGAACAUGAUCCUCAGCAUACGGCGUGGAAAGAGUAUUUUCAAGCAACCAGACGUACUGGACUUUUAAUAGUAGUUUUCACCAUGUUGGUCCUUGCUCAAACAAUUUGUUCUGGAACUGAUUUAUGGGUGGCUUUUUGGACAAAUCAAGAAGUAAUCAGGCAUAGUACUUCAAGACCUUUAGAAAGUGAUGUAUCUUCAGAUGAACCUAUUCUGUAUGAAGCUACCCCGUUUGAUAGCAGCCUGAAUUUAACUCACAACUACGAAUACAAAGUAGAAGAACCAGUUGUUACAAGCGAUGGCAUUUUCGAUUAUGUUUAUAUAAACAACCACGUGUACCAUUUGGUUAAAACAGGCUACGCCAUUGGUUUUUAUGGAUUUUUGAUAGUAGGAGUUAUAAUUUUAACCUUAUUCAGAUCGAUGAUGUUCGUUAAAGUUUGUAUGAUAGCUUCCGUUAAUAUACACUCGAAGAUGUUUAGUACGUUAUUAAGAGCACCCAUGAGGUUUUUUGACACCAAUGCAAGUGGGAGGAUUCUGAAUAGAUUCUCCAAAGAUAUGGGAUCCAUAGAUGAAAUAUUACCCAGAGUACUACUAGAAUCAGUGCAGAUUUUUUUGGUUCUGAUUGGUAUAUUGGUGAAUGUAUCGAUUUCAAGUCCAUACGCCAUUAUAGCUAUGUUACUUUUGGGAAUUUGCUUCCUAAAAUUAAGAUCUUGUUACCUAUCCAUAGCGAUGUCGUUGAAACAUAUAGAAGGAAAAGUCAAAUCGCCGAUGUUUUCUCACGUCAACUCUUCAUUGCAUGGAAUGGCAACCAUUAGAGCUUCAAAUACAGAAGAUAUACUUAUUAAGGAGUUUGACGAGCACCAAAAUGUUCACACGUCGGCCUGGUAUUUAACAAUAGUAUGCAUUUCAGCUUUUGGUCUUUGGAUGGAUAUUGUAUGCAUCAUAUUUUUGACUUGUGUCAUUUUAACCUUCAUCUUUUUGCAAAACUUUUUUAAAGUAAAUAGCAGCUUGGUAGGCUUAGCAAUUUCUCAAAGUAUGACUCUAACUGGCAUGUUACAAUAUGGCAUGAAGCAAACAGCCGAGGUGAUCAAUCAACUAACAGCAGUGGAGAGAGUGUUGCAGUAUACUCAUAUUAACACUGAAGGACCUUUUGAAUCACCGAUAGAAACUCGUCCUGUCGAACCUUGGCCUAAAUUUGGACGCGUGGACUAUAACCAUGUUUAUUUAAAGUAUUCUGAAGAUGAUCCUCCAGUAUUGAGAAACGUUCAGUUUACAAUUUUACCUGGACAAAAGGUUGGUAUUGUUGGACGCACCGGCGCUGGAAAAUCGUCUUUGGUUGCAGCUCUGUUCCGUUUGGUAAAUUUCCAAGGUACCAUAUCAAUAGACGGAAUAGAUACAAAACGUAUGGGACUUACAUAUCUAAGGAAGAAAAUAUCAAUAAUUCCACAGGAACCAGUAUUGUUCUCUGCUACUCUCAGGAAUAAUCUAGAUCCUUUCGAAGAAUUCACUGACGAACAAAUAUGGAAGGCACUGGAACAGGUUGAAUUAAAGGACAUAUCACAUUCAUUAGAUUUGAUGAUAUGUGAAGGAGGAAGUAAUUUUAGUUUGGGCCAGAGACAAUUAAUAUGUUUGGCUAGGGCAGUUUUAAGAAACAAUAGAAUUUUGGUGUUAGAUGAGGCAACAGCUAAUGUGGACCACAGGACUGAUUCUCUAAUCCAAACAACUAUUCGUAACAAAUUUAAAGACUAUACUGUAAUAACUAUCGCUCAUAGACUAAAUACUAUUAUGGAUUAUGACAAAGUUAUCGUAAUGAGUUAUGGAAGAGUGGUAGAAUUUGGUCAUCCGCAUCAAUUGUUACAACUACCAGAUGGACACUUCCACAGAAUGGUUCUGGAAACGGGACCUGUGAUGUCUUUGCAACUUAAAGAUGUGGCCAUGGUGGCUUAUUCAAACCUCCUGAAACAGGAAGCAGCUUCUAUCCGUUGAGGGGAAAUACGUACUAUUGUAUUAUUGGUAUUUUAUAUGUUCGAUAUUAAAUAUUUAUUAUGUAUUAUUAUUUAAAAAUAACAUUUUAUUAAUAUAUUACUAAGAAAUUUU